UUGUAUGCAGGAGCUCCGGGCACCGGGCAUGAAAACAACCUGAGUGACAUCCACAGCUUCAGUGCAGACCAGGCAACUGCUGACACAAGGCUCCGUGCUUGGAAGAAAGUUAUUCCUUCACUUAGGAAGAGUUCAGAUGCUUUGUACUUGACUUGCUUUUUUUUUUUUGCCAGCACAAUGAAGGAAAUGUCCUGCUUCUGCUUGACUUUUUCUUCCUUGUUGGAACAGAUGGUGAAGGCUUGCAAAUACGUGACUGGUAUUUUUUCAGUGACUCAUAGCUCAGAGCCACAGGUUUCAGAGGGUGAUAAGAAGCUCACCAAGAUGGAUGUAAGCGUACUUGAGGAGCAGUAUGACCAUAUAAAACAGAAGCAAAAACUGCAACCACACAUUAUUGUAUAUAAAACAGGUGGACAUGAAUCUGCUCUGCCAGAAUCAAUUAUCAACCCUGUUCUAAUUAAUAAGAAAGUUAAAAGAUCAAAGUCAUAUAGAGGAGACGCCCCUGUCAGAAAAGUCACACUGGAGACGAUCAGCGGUGGCGACUCAGAAGACGACUUGCUGUGGCGCAUCCACCUGGGAACUCACCGCCUGGGACAGGCCCCUGGACAAGGAGAUUCCUGCAAUCCUUCCCAGUGCAACAGCCCACCAUGGAGUUUUGACAACCAGAGACUGAUUUCCAAGGGGAAUGGCACACCACAGACCAAGGAACAUGAAGGAGCAGGUGAACUCUCUGAGCUCAGGCAACUGGGAAGCUCCAGCGUGCUCAACAGCCUCAGCAAAGACAACGGCUGCAACAUUUCAAGCUCCUGCCAAAAGCCUCCUCUGAAAUCAGCCACUGCAGCACUUUGGACACAUCAGCAGAUUUCUGCCACAAAAUGCAUGCCAGCCUGCAACAAACUGAACUUUUACCCUUUCCCAAAUAGGAAAGGACCUGAAUUUCUGAAGCAGCAAGAAGGCUUGGGUUAUAUGUCUCACAAUGAGGACAUUCAGUAAUACCUAAAACUUAGUCCAAAACUUGACUAAAACUUAAAAUAGCAAAGCAGUCUUUCUAAUUACACAGAUCAACCUGCUUAGGUCUACUACUUUUAUUAGCCACAGAAGAUUCUGACUAUAUAAUCUUUAAUACCUUUAUAAUUCUUAACAUAUGAUUUCAUCAUUCACUUUCAAGAUAUUCAAGAUAAUUUAUGAUGUAUUUUUUUAAUCAAUUAAUAAAACAUCUGCUCAUUUCUAUUGUUGUAA